AUGUCAGCGAAUGAUAUUCUUGACGUUUUGAAUAUUAAGCGGGACGAUACUCCGCAACCGGCGAAGAAGAAGCAAAAAGUGGAGUAUGCUGCCCCUCAGAAGGGUGCUAUGGCCCGUGAAUUGUAUAACCUUUUGGGUCCAAACACUCCUCCAGUCAGCCUCAGUUUAGGCGCAAACAAAGCAAGAGAUCGGAAGCAAAAAGUGUCUCCGUGGACAAAAAUGCCUUUCAAGCCAAAUAAAAAGAACGAACAUGCUCCGCAGCUCUACCACUGGCAGAAGGGUAGCGAAGAACUUUUGAAGCAGGAAAGUGCAGGCAAACCUUACUUCUUCGAUAAGUUCUCUGUUUCAUUGGACAUUCCUGAACUUGUGGAUGAAGCCACGUAUGACCACUUCAUGGAAGAGAUCUUGCAAGAAGAAAAGAGACGUAAUGAGCAAGAGUUGAAGGACAAGGAAGAAGAAGAUUCUGUACCAAGCAGCGAAACUACAACGGAUGGCAGUUCUGAAAAAGUGGCUACUUUGAAGAAUGAACAAGCAGUAAAGCUACUGAAGGAUAUGAAGGAUACGAAAAGUAAUGGACGGACAGAUGGCAAAGUUAAGACUGAAACUGAUACUCCUGGAACACAGCAGAAGACUCGAGGGCUAAAUAAGUCAGGCGAUGGUGGCGCGGAGGAAGAAAAGGAAGCAAAAGAAGGUGACGAGAUUGAUGAAGAUGAAGAGGAAGACGAUGAAGAUGAAGAUGAGGUAAAAGACAAUGAAGGCAGUCAGGAGGAGAAAGAAUCAGACAAGAAGGAAAAGGAUGAGAAAGCACGCCAGACUAAAGUGGCCAACUCCCUGAAGGCUACUACAGAUGUUCAGGAUAAUAACAGCAUAACGGACAAACACACUAACCCCCCUUGGUCAUAUAAGGAAACGCAACUUCUUUUCGACUACUGCAAAGUUUUUGAGCUCAAGUGGUAUGUUAUUGCAGACAGGUUUCCCUAUGACCGGACUAUGGAGGAGUUGAAAGAACAGUUUUAUCGAAUCUCGGCCAAAAUACUAAAUCACCAAGGAAACGCAAAUCCUCAUUUGGUUGAAUCUCUAGAAUCUUAUUCCAAAGAUGCUGAAAUAGAUCGAAAGCAAUAUCUUGAGAGUCUUCUCAAGCGGACUCCUGCUGAAAUCGCAGAGGAAGAAUCGCUUGUUAUCGAAGCCCGUCGCUUUGAACUCGCUGCGAAAAAAAUGCUUAUGGAGAGAUCGCAUUUAUUGACGUUGCUAGACUCACCACAGUCUUCCCAAUCUGUUCAACAAUACCUCUCUUCUCUGGGCAUGACUAACUUGUAUAAUAAGCUUAUGAUCAUGGACAAGCAACAAAAGAAGAAAAUGAGCAACAAGUCCAAUUCUGCAAACACUGAUCCUGUUCCGCCAUCAAUCCCUGUCGCAGCCUCGUCAUCCUCAUACAAGAAGGACCGCGGGUUUCAAACUCAUCUUCAGCAAUACUUAUCUGGUUUGGUUAAGCAACUGAGUACAAAGGGCGAGCCAAGUCCAAUUCAACAGCUUCUCUCUAAGAGACUUACAACGAAAGAGGAGGAGGCAUAUGGUUUACAUUAUCAUGCUAAUGAGAGAUUGACUCCUGGUGUUAUUUUACGUUCUACCCAACGUCUCCCUGGGUUGCAACAGCGGCAAUCUGUAUUUAAAUCUGUCAACAGUAUGUUGCAGGAAUUGGAUAUUCCAACAGCAGGUAGCACUACAUGGAAACCAGUGAUGCCUACUAGAAAGACGAUGGCAAAAUAUGAUGAAUUGAUAAGGGCUGUUGUGGCUCUUCUUGAUGUUAAAAAGGGAAAGGACAAAUUAGAAGCAGAAAUCGAACUCAUAAAGAGCCAACGGGGUUUGCAAUGA